GCAACAGCCGCUUUUUGACAGCUAAUGUAGGAGCAGAUGCUGCAGAGCCACCAUCACUACAGCUUUAUCAAUGGAUGCAACUUUACUUUAACCUGAAACACGUCACUGCACAGACACACUCUGAAUUUUCAUAUUUCUAAGCCUAGUCUUUGAAGGCAGCACAUACCCUCAGUUAUUUUUAACAGCAGCUGUUUCUUUGCAACUUGACAUUAAACAAUGACAGAAGGGACCAACAUGCCAGAGGGGGACACAGCCGGUAAGGAUGAGGUGCCCACCGGGGUGCCAGCAGAGGAGAAGCGGCAGGAGGAGGCGGAGGAGGAGAAGAAGGAGAAGAACGGGGACAGCAAAGUGACCAUACCGGGACAAACCGCGGAGGAGGUCGAGUUUGUGCACCCGGAGGGAGGCUGGGGCUGGCUGGUCAUGCUGGCCGCCAUGUGGUGUAACGGCUCCGUGUUUGGGAUCCAGAACGCCUUCGGGAUCCUCUUCCUCUCCCUCCUCAGGGAGUUCGGCUCCGAGCACGACGAGGACCUCCGCUUCAGGACAGCAUGGGUGGGCUCUCUCUCCAUGGGGAUGAUCUUCUUCUGCUCUCCCAUCGUCAGCGUCUUCACCGACAUCCUCGGAUGCAGAGUCACCGCAGUGGGCGGCGCUGCUGUUGGCCUGGUUGGCCUACUGGCCAGCUCCUUUGUCACGUCCCUGGGCCCCCUGUAUUUCACCUAUGGCAUUGUAUUUGCCUGUGGCUGCUCUUUCGCCUACCAGCCCAGCUUGGUCAUCUUGGGCCACUACUUCAAGAAGCGCCUGGGUCUGGUCAAUGGCAUUGUGACGGCCGGCAGCAGCAUCUUCACCAUCACCUUGCCCUUUGUGCUGUCGGGCUUGCUGGAAAAAGUGGGCCUCCAGAACACCAUGCGCGUUCUGUGCAUCCUUAUGUUCAUACUGAUGCUGGCUGGCUUCACCUACAAGCCCCUGAUGCCAGUCAAACCCAGCAACACCCGCACAGGAAGCAAGUGCCCGCCCUUGGGUGAGAUCUUCAACAUCAAUAUCUGGAGGUCUUUGGGAUAUCGCAUUUGGGCUUUCGGAAUCCCUGCAGCCCUCUAUGGCUACUUUGUGCCUUAUGUUCACCUGAUGAAGCAUGUGGAAGAGCGUUUUGGAGAAGACACCAAUAAAGAAGUUCUGCUCAUGUGCAUCGGCAUCACGUCUGGCGUGGGCCGUCUCAUCUUCGGCAGGGUGGCAGACUAUGUUAAUGGAGUCAACAAGGUCUACCUGCAGGUGGCUUCCUUCUUGGUCAUCGGCCUCAUGUCCAUGAUGAUCCCUCUGUGUAACAUCUUCGGAGGGCUGAUCGCCGUGUGCCUGCUGAUGGGGCUGUUUGAUGGCUGCUUCAUCUGCAUUAUGGCCCCUAUCGCUUUUGAGCUGGUCGGAGCCAAAGAUGUGUCUCAGGCCAUCGGCUUCCUGCUGGGCCUGAUGUCUGUGCCCAUGACUGUGGGGCCCCCCAUUGCAGGUUUCCUGAGAGACAGACUGGGUAGCUACGACGUGGCCUUCUACCUGGCAGGCAUCCCUCCGAUCUUUGGAGGAGCCGUGCUAUGUCUGAUACCGUGGGUGGAGGCCAGGCGCAAGAGAAGGGAGAAGGAGGAGGCCCUGAACAAAGAGCAGGACGUCACCCAGAAGAUGAUCGAGCACGAGAAAGCUCAGGAAGACACACGAAGCAAAACAGGGGAGUCUGUCCUCUAAGUGCCUCGCUGAACAGACUGAGAGAGACACACACAGGGUCAGACUGAGACCACCGAGGACUGAGAUACAGUAUCUGUGUUUUUAGCCGAUUGUAAUGACUGCUUUGAGUAGGAGAAAAUGCCAAAGUGAUGAAACAUAUCAGAUAGAGUUAUAGGUUGAAGUUGAACAUGAAUGUGAUCCUGCAGAACUAUGCAUUAGAUAGUUAGAUGAAUCUUACAACACACAAACUUGAGGUUUGGAAUUGAAACUGAGAAAACAGCACAUUUAAUAUCAGUCACAAGGGAACGAAUACAUGCAAUGAAUGCAGUGUGAAAGCUGCUGACUUACAUCUUUAGCCAGUGUCUUUACCAAAAACACUUUCAGAAGGGAAAGCUGGAUUUACACCAUUCUUUACAAUUAGUUUUCAACAGUACUGUAUGGUUUUAGAUGUAGAAAUAUGGCAUAAAAAGAACACGUAUUGGAUUACACAAGACAGCAACCCAGUCAUGUGGGGGAACAUAACUUGAUUUAGCUUCAGUCAGUAUCAUUAUUAUCAUAUCAUUGAUUAGCAUCAGUGCAAAGCAAACUGGUCUGCUAAAGAUUUCUCCUUAAACCUGCCAUCUUUAUCGUCUCCAGUGUCCCGUCAGACAGGAUCCUUCUGUUAACAACAUCUUAAAGCAUGCCAAAAAUUGUAAACAGGGGUAAUCUGUUCAUAGUAUUUCAAAGAGACAUACAAAAGAGUGUUCUGAGAGAUUCAGAGGUCAUUAUUAGUGUCAGCCAUGAGACUCUGGGGCUGUAAAGGUGCUUGGACACUUCAAGGGACGCUGCUUGAAGCACAAAGAUUUUCCAUCCCGUCUGAAACACGGACACACAGCUCUGUCCCCCAGGCUGGAUCCAGGAAAUCUCAUCUUUAAUACAACAGACUGCACUCAAGACUGGAUUACCAACUGAGCAAGUCAUGGCCCCAGACCCUUGGGGUCCCAAAGGCUCCAUGUUCACUAUGUUGCAAUUAGCUUGUGGUAAGUAAUUGCACUUUAGUUUGGUAUGUAUGCACCACUAAAUCAGAGUAUAAUCUGCAGUGAUAAGGAACGUAAAGGGACAGUUCACCGCCAAAUCAAAAACACAUAUUUUUCCUCUUACCUGUAGCGCUGUUUAUCAGUCUAUACUUUUGAGAUACAAGCUGCUGAGAUAUCAGUCAGAGAUGUCUGCCUUCUUUCCAAUGUAAUGGAACUAGAUGGCGCCUGGCUUGCUGUGUUCAAAGCGCCAAAAAAAUACAUUUGAAACCUCAACAGCAAUGUUUCUUUCCAGAAAUCAUGACCUGGUUACUGAAGAUAAUCCACAGACCUUGUUGUGAGCAGUUUCAUGUAAGAACUAUUUUUUCUGUUUACCCAAUUACAGCAGCCAACCAUUAUCACUGCACAGAAGGAAGAGUGCAUCUACUCAUGGACCCAGUGAUAUGUUUGGUGGGUGUAAUUGGGUAAACAGAAAAUAGUUCCUACAUGAAACUGUUCACAACAAGGUCUGUGGAUUAUCUUCAGUAACCAGGUCAUGAUGUCUGGAAAGAGACAUUGCUGUUGAGAUUUUCAAAUGUAUUGUUUUUGGCACUUUGAGCACCACAAGCUGGGUGCCAUCUAGUUCCAUUAUAUUGGAGAGCAGGCAGACAUCUCCAUGGCUGAUAUCUCCAACACUCUGCAGCUCACACCAAAAUAAUCUAGAUUGAUAAACAGCACUACAUGUUAGAGGAAAAUAUAUAUUUUUGACCAAGGGGUUAACUGUCACUCUAAUUUUAUAUGGAAUUACCACAAACUAAUGAUUCAUUAUUACUAAUUCAGACACAAUACAAAGGAAUAGGGGAGUCAAUCGAGGCUCUGAGGCCCCAUGAAGGGUUAAUCAAGCCCUGACUGUACUGUGACUGACUCGUGUUAAGGGGUUGCUUGUUAUAGAACCGUGUGCCUGAGAAACCUCGUCAGUGUUUAACGUUCAUAUCUUUAAAAGAACGAUUUAACAUUUUGGGAAAUACGCUUAUUUGCUUUCUUUCCAACAGUUCAUGAGAAAUCGAUACCACCUCCACCACCAUAUCUGUCUAUUAAACAUAUGAAGUUUUCAGUUUAUCUUAGCUUAGCUUAGCUCAGUUUAGCACCAACACUGGAAACAGACUUCCAGCACCUAUAAAGCUAGCUUAUUAUGUUUGAUCUCAUUUGUAUAAUCUACAAGACAAUGAGGUAAAAAGAUGUGUCUUGAUGUUAUGAGAGGGUUAUAUGCUGGACUGUUUCUUGAUGAGACUUCUUGGAGUCUCGUAAGCGUAUUACCCAAAAUGUCAAAUUAUUCCGUCAACAAAACUGUCAGCCAGCACAAGUACACCAGCUUUCAGUUGUGAACCUGAAUAUUGAUUCAUAAGGAACAUAGUGACAUUGUGUUUGUGUAUAUGUCUAUUAAUUGACCAUAGUGUUGACAUUAGGCAGUAUUUCUUUAAAAAAAAAACUGUGGUGAGACUUGUUUUUAAAGUUGUUUUUUUUUCUCUGUAGUUUGGUCCAAUAUUUUCAGUUUACACUUUCAUUGUGUGACAUAAUGUGACAGUGCUGUGCCUCUGGUUAAAGUGGAAAAAAAAAUCUCACAUAAGCUGGUAUAUGAAAGAAAAUGAAGUUUGCCCAGUAGCUGACGCGGUCCAGGUCAUAAAACAACCGUGUCAACAGCAGAGCAUCUGCUUGGACCAAAGGACCAAAGGAAAAAGAAAUACUGGUGCAUAUGUAGUUCCUCACCACUUUAUUAAGAGGCUUUUACACUUUUAUCCCCAGUAUCUUAUCAUUUUAGAGACUAACUUUCCACUAUUUGAAAUGGAAGUGAGGACAGGAGUUUGACUUAUCAUGGACUACGUGACCAUUAGUCAGUGAAGUCAAGUUAAUCAUUAACUCUGUGCCCAGAUCAUUAACCUUCAAUAGAAAGGUGCUUGUUUUAUGUUUUCAUGUGGUAUUUAUUUUUUAAGUUGUCGUGGAGAAUGUCAUGCUGUAAUUGACGGGCAUUUGCCUUAAGCCUUGAUUUCAUUCAC